CAGUUGGACUUUGUCCGCGGUGGCGUAAACACCUAUACAAAUGCCAAUCACAUAAUCGCAAACUUUUACGUCUCUCUUUACGACUUAAUAUCUCGCAGUGAUUUUGAGUGUCGUUUGAAGUUUUGUAAUAGGAAUGGGAGUGGAUUUGAUUGUUUUCUAUUUAAAAGUGUUCUUAUUUUAAAUAUCAAUUGAGUAAGAUGUAAUGUUUAAAUAAUAAAAUUCAGUUAUGGAACAAAAUGAAAUCGUCUCAAAAAUUAUCGAUCUGUUAAUUUAUUUGAAACUAAACCAGUGCAUAAAUGGAAUUGCAAUUCUGGACUAUUUUCUUCAUAAUCCAAAUUCAUUUCAUUCGCGCGAAGGGACAGGACAUUGGAGAAAGUACUCAUCACCGAGUCGGUGAUAGUUUAGCUGAUGGAGACCAUAAAGAUGAUGACAAGAGACCAUUAGAUUUUCUAAUAAACCCAAACAAUGAAGCCAAAGAUUAUUUUUUACCGCCAGUAUUUCCAAAUAAUGAUGAGUUAGAUGAUGAUGAUGAGGAUGAUGAAGAUGAUCACUCGUAUUUAGAUUACGAUUAUGAUAAUAAGGAAACUAAUUAUAAAGACUCACCGGAUGUUGUAACAGUUAAGAGUAAUACCAAAGAUAUAUUACCAGUAGAUGAUAAAAUACCCUUGCAUACAACGAAAGAUAAUCUGCCAGUUUUUCUCCUGGAACCAGAAAACACUUAUGUUGUAAAAAAUAAGCCUGCUACACUUAAAUGCCGCGCAGCAAAUGCUUUAGAAGUAUAUUUCAAAUGUAACGGCGUUAAAACUCAAGCGUUAAAUUUCGAAUUCGUUGAUCCGCAAACCGGGGUGCGGAUAAUAGAAGGGGAAUACAAAGUUACAAGAGAAAAUGUUGAAGAGUAUUUCGGGAGUGAGAAAUAUCAAUGUUCCUGCUUCGCUUGGACUAGCAGAGGGCAGAUACGGAGUCAACCAGCUACCAUCGAAUUAGCUUAUAUAAAGAAGCAUUUCUCAGUAGCCCCACAAUCACAGCUAGUGAAGCAAUACGCACCAGUGACGUUCCGCUGUGAACCGCCUCCAGCUGCGCCCUUCGCCCAGCUGUACUGGCUCAAGAACGGAGCCCCAGUAGCCAUUGACGAUAAUGUUCAAGUUUCGAAGGAAGGCGACUUGCUCAUCAAACAGGCAUCUUUGUUGGACAUGGCAAACUACACCUGCGUCGCAGAGAACUUGGCGGGGAAGAGGAUGUCCGAGCCUGCACUACUAACAGUUUUCGUUAACGGGGGGUGGACAGCUUGGUCCACGUGGAGCGAUUGCUUUUGCGCGGGACAAAUUAACGAACAUCGUAAUGGACGAGGCAGAAGACGAGUGAGGACUUGUACCGCUCCUAGACCUUUGAACGGAGGCCAACCUUGCAUUGGACCCAGUGUGCAAAGAACCCAGGACUGUUUAGACUGUGACUUGGAUGUAUACGUCGAUAGCUUGGAUGAGUUGGCCGAUGAGUCAUCUGAUAUUAUAUUAGGUCGUUGGUCUCAAUGGUCUGAAUGGUCUCGAUGUGAUUCAGACUGUCUCCAGACCAGAAGACGAAGGUGCAUCACGAGUACCGCUUGUCUUGGCAAAGACUAUCAAGUUGCGCAAUGCCCUUUAUGCGUUCGAACUUCAAAAUCUGAUUUACACGAUGGAUCUUCAUAUUGGCCAUUAUUCAUAGCAUUAUCUAUAGCCUUUCUCAUUUUCAUUAUUGUCGUUGUGUUGGGAAUUAAAUAUAUGAAGAUAAAAAUGGCUGAGAAUUCACCAUACGCAAAACCGCCGCCUGGUACUAAUUAUUUUGGUAACGUUAUAAAGAGAACGUUGACUAACCAACCAGAUUUGACUAUACAUGAAGAGUUCCAUACAGUCGAUUCAAGACGAACACACAGACAGACAAGCGCGUCUAGUAAUGCGCGUCAUGAGCAUUUGUACGAAGUUCCUCAAUUGGCUAACAGUUACAUCUCCCCAAUAGAUCACGAGGUAAGACCACAAGUGGAGAGUUUCGCUUGCAAGGACAAGGAGUCAGAUCGCUCUGACUCCAGCUGCUUUUUGAGCUCGGGAUCGUCGUACGGUAAUGAAAGUAUAGAAAUGUCACCAUCGCUUAAAAACAAUGCUUCAGUAGAUUCGAAAUUUCUAAAUUCUCAAUAUUUGGAAACAGCUACGUCGAAAAUUGUUAGCAGCGACGGUGAUUGGCUAAAUUUAGACAAAUGUGGAGUCAGAUUGUUCGUUCCCGAUGGUGUAGUAGAGAAAGGAGAGGAACUGUUUUCUAUAGAGGUCACAGACGAAGAAUGGAACAAGCCAAACUUACAAGAGGGUGAGACGCAACUUAGUCCAGUUAUCAGAUGUGGGCCGAAAAAUUUUCAUUUCUGCAAAGCUGUCGUCCUAACAUUUCCACAUUGUGCAGCAUUAAAGAACUCCAGCUGGGUUCUCUCCAUCCUUCAGAAACCUGAAGAAAUCAACUCAAGAGAAUGGAGAAAGGUCUUAACCCUUGGCCAAGAAACACCUGGAACUCCAAUCUUCGCUCAAGUGGACCCAGCGAAAGUUUAUCUUGUUUGUGAAUUCUUAAGUGAUUUCGUUUUGAUCGGCAGAAGUUUUAGUGCAUUAGAUGCGAAAGUGUUAAAAUUAGCUCUCUUUCUCAGCAAACGUGUGGACGGCUAUUACGAUCUUCAUUUACACGUGUUCAAUGAUACUCCAUAUGCGUACUACGAAUGUUUCGAGAGUGAGAGACGAUCUGGCGGUUUCCUUCUCUGUGAUCCGAAAAUGAUUUAUUUUCAAGAGAGUUGCUCUGAUUUGUGUGUUAAUGUACGGGACGUGGGAACGGGAUGGAAGAUACAAUCCGGUGGGAAGUAUCAGGAGCUGUCCUUCUCUAAAAUUUGGAACAUGAAUGUAAGAUCACUGCAUUGCGUUUUCACCCUGCAACAGUUAGACGCGAUGAACUGUUUAGAAUUAAACGUCACGGUUUAUCAGAAGCAGAAACAGACGAACUCAGUCGUUUUCAAUUUGAAAACAAAUGAUUUUAAUUCUAAUUUCAAUUGUAAUAAGCGUUUUAGUUACUCGGGCAUGGAAAUGGGUUACAGCGUUAAUAUCCUCGAGAAUCCAUUCAAUUAUUCGUCGUUAUCGAAAAAAGAUGGCCGAUAUGAUUUCGUUUACAGAAAUGGCGUUCAAAGAACUAGCUAUACUAUUGACAAUAAUUAUUAUAGGACGAACGUUUUGACUAAAUCGGAUAGGGUUAUACUUUGUAAAUUGCUGGACGGUCAGACGACCAAAGCCAACGACUGGAGACUGCUCGCCGAGAAGUUGAAAAUGACGUCAUUCUAUUAUUACUUCUCGAACACGUGUUCGCCGACGGAGAACAUUUUGAAUCUGUGGUUAUGUAGGAACAACGAUUUUAAUAUGUUAGUGAAUUUGUCGAGAAUAUUCAGGGAGAUGUCGAGGAUCGACUGUGCAACGGUCGUGGAGAGACGCUGCUUUCCCAAUUAGACUGAUUUUUUAUUUUUAAAUAUAUUUUUUCACUCUA